ACUUUGUCUGUCUGUCUGUUUCGGUAAAAUGUGUGCAAAGGAUAGCAUUUUUGGCAAAAUUCAAUGAAAGUAAAUUAUACUCUGGAAUUAUUUGGCAGUUGAUUGUGUCCCAGUGGACUGUUUUAAUUUUCUGCCAUGUCUGCUCAUUUCAUACAAAGGAAGCUUUUUAGUUUGUUUUCACAAGUAAGGAAUAACUCAAAUAUGACAUGUAUAGUCAAAAUUGGUCGAGACAAAUACUGCAGAAUGUAUCUAACUACCAUUGUAAAUCCUGAUGGAUCAUCAUAUGCUAUCAGAUAUCAUGAACCACGAAAAAUCAUUAAGCUUCCUUUAGAUACAAGCACAUUAACUCCAGAAGAAUUGGAGAUUCAUUUGAACAGAAGAAAAGUAGAAAAGAAGAUAAUAUAUGAAGAACAGAUAGAUGAUGAUUUUGAUGUGAAUCGUUACAGUCACUUAUGGAAAUCAAAAGAUAAAUGAUCUUGUAUAGUAAUUUUAAUAUAAAAUAUGUAUUUAAAAUUAAAUUUCUUACAUAUGCUGGAUUAAAAAAUUGAAUUUAUUUAAAGUACUUUUAAAAAACUUUGCCAUAUUUUUUACUAAAUUUCCUGAAGGAAAAAAUCAUCAAAAUGUUGAAAAAAUUACUUAUAAACUGAAACUUUUCAUCUCUCUGAAAAUUAAGAGCUAAGAAAAUAAUGCGAGAAAAAUAAAUAAAUAAUACAUGUUUAAAGAUUUAAUGAUUCAUACUUGCCAGCUAUUUGAAGCUAACACACAAAACUGCUUUAUUUAUUAUAUAUAAAAGCAAUAAUUUUGGAAGUCGUCUAUAUAUUUAUUGUACAUAAUUUUGACUAUAUUUUAUACACAUUAAGAUAUAGUUUAAGAUAGAUAGUAACUUGAUGUUUUCAAGAAAUGCAUAAUGCUACAAUAAAUGUUAUCAGAAGUACUUUCCUAUAAUAAUGGAACAAUGCUAUCUUUUUUGAGGAAGUCUUUUUGGCAAUUAGAUUUCUUUAACUUUGAUGUAAUCAUGUUUUAAAGUUCUGACUUAUAAAGUGUGAAAAUCUCCCAGAAUAUUCCACAUUUCAUUAUUUAAUACUUUAUUUUAAAAUGUAUAUUAGUUAUUACCUAAUUAUUUGUGAAAUAUUCGAAAAUAAAAUAUUCAUUAAAGGAAUUAAAUCACUUGUUAAAGUAGAAAUUCUUGUUGUAAAUUAAAACUAAUAUUUUGUCCUUUAAAAGUAUAGCUGCAUAUAUUCCUACAAUAUUUCAAAAAACACUCGACUAUCAAUAUUGAAAUAAAUAUGAUUUUUAUAGUAAAGGAAA